AUUCAAUUUCAGAAAAAGAUGGAGGAUAAAGAACAUUUACGGUUGUUUGGAUUCAUCAUGGAGGGAAUUCUUUUGGUGUGUAUCGGUGGCCUGGGUCUUAUUGGUAACUGUCUCUGUAUUAUUACAUUCUCAAGAAUGGCAGUUCAGAAGAAUUUUCACAGAUUGAUGCUCACCCUCGCAAUCUACGAUAUUCUUUAUAUUGUCACAAGCAUCCUACUCUUUGGAAUACCAAGUCUCUACCCAGCUGUCUACAACCAAUCAACCUUCAAGCAUCUGGUUCCUAUUCUACUUCCUCUAAUUCAUGUGGGUCUUACAGGAUCUAUAUAUCUGACGGUAGCAAUUGCAUUGGAGAGAUACACAACAGUGUGCCAUCCCUUCUUUAAGAUCUCUCAUGCCUGGUCUGCCUGCACCUACAUCGUUCCAAUCGUCCUCUUCUCCAUCCUCUACAAUACUCCCAAGUUUCUGGAGCUAGAGAUUCAGGACAAGAUAGUAAAUCUCACUCAGGAGGUUGAUGUCUCUGGAAACAGCACAGAGCUUGUAAUACUCAAAAAUAUUACAAUACAGAAGGAGAUUGAGAAAGUUGGACCUACAGACCUACGUAUCAAUCCAACAUACAUAAAGGUUUAUAUUAUCUACCUCAACCUGAUUAUCCACGGGAUUAUCCCUCUUGUUCUCCUCAUUAUCCUCAACGUUCUUAUCUAUCGUCAGCUGAGGGUGUUCCAAUCCUGUAUCGACUCCAGCAAUGGAACAGGCAUACAACAGAGAGAAAUCAGACUAUCUCAGGUGAGCUUACUGAUAGUAGCUAUAUUUAUUCUUUGCCACAGUCUACGCUGGAUACCUAAUAUCUGGGAGCUAAAGCAGUCGGGAGAAGAAAAGGGUGAGCUGAAGUGGCCAAACUGGAUAGAAUACAUCACACAUCUUUCCCACCUGUUUACAGUACUCAACAGCUCAGGAACAAACUGUCAGACAUUAAAAUAA